CAGGGCUGGGUCAGGCUGCAGGUCGGUCACAGGGCUGGAUCAGGCUGCAGGUCGGUCACAGAGCCGCUCCAGGCUGCAGGAGCAGCCCUGCUGCCCCGCUGCAGCAGCAGCAGCGUCCCGGCUCCGCAGGCAGCGCACCCCGAGCGCUGCACGGCUGCAGGAGCAGCGCCAGAACUGCAGGAACAACUAUCAGCACUUGGGAGACUGCAGGACUGGGCAACUGUGAAACAACCUUUGAAAACAUCCAGCUGAAGAAAACACCAAAAUUCUGUUGGGUUUGUUUGGAGUUUUUACUUUUCUUGAAGGACCGCAAGCAUUUUAGUUGCUAUGUCUGCUCAGGAGCCAUAUGGAAAAAUCAGUUCCGUCCUGUUAGACUGGCUGCACAGUUUUGAUUUUCAUCUGCCUACAGAGAUCUGAAAAGUCUACGUUCUUUUAUGCUUUUUUGGCAAAGAAAGCGAGUGGUCUGAGGAUCGGCGAGCCAGGAGCACAAUAGCACUGAAGAUGUCCUGGUUCUGGCUCUAUCUUCCUCUCCAUCUUCUCACGGCAACUUGUUUGUGCCAUUCUAUAAAAGCACCCACCACCAGCUCCCAACAGGGCCUCAAGACCAACCUCUUCAAUUUCUACCACUCCCUGAUCCUUGCAGAUGGCAAGGAAACGACCAUUCACCUGCUGAAGGACAUACCCAAAAGGUACUACUUUGUUUUGGAAGAGGGCAGGGUCCUCGCCCCGUUCUCGAUAACUGUGACGCCCUGUGAUGUACCCAUUGAAUGGAGCAUUCUCCUGUACAAGCCUCCACCAGCAAAGGCAACACCAGGUGACCGUGACACACAAGAGGUCUCCAAAUCUCAGAAGGCGUCAAGUGUGGUGUCCACCAUCUUCAGCUACAAGGGGAAUUCCGUAGAGACGUACAUGGGGAUGUCCUCCCACGCUGCCCUCUACCUGCUGGAGUUCCUAUCCACCGAGAGAGACACGCACAUCACCGUGUACCUAACGACCGACACCGCCUCGGGGCUGCUCUACCCGGAGCUCCCCACGGACCCACGCAUAGACAUCAUCGGCAUCGGCCCCACAACGGCGACCCUGGCCUGGAAACACAGCCCCUCCGUCCUGCAGCACGGGGACAGCAUCCAGUACUGCCUCCUGGUUAAUGAGAAGCACAACUACAAGAGCCUGUGUGCUGCUGAGACAGCCAUCAGGUCCUCUGGGGCGAAGCUGCCGCCCCCCUCAGCUCUGUCGCUCUCUCCGUACCUCCUGGAGCCGCAGCAGGUGAUGAUAUUGUCCAACAGCGAGCUGAGCAUCAUCAACAAAGUGAGCAGUGGGGAGGUCAGGCAGGUGUGCGUGGGCACCAGGAACACCUACACGGUGCCCAAUCUCAGCCCCAGCACCCAGUAUUACUUUGAUGUGUUUAUUGUCAACAUCCUCACAAACGCCAGCGCCGCGUACACCGGGACAUUCGCCAGGACCCUGGAAGAGCCCGAACCCAAGGUGAUGGAGCUGAAAGAUGGCAAAGUGAUUCAUGUGGUCCUGGAUGGGAAAAAGCAGAAAUUCUACAGCCUGCAGUACCAGGCGAGGCACAAGAAAAUCCACUUUACCUUUCAGUUGUGCCAGGGCCAAAUACGGGUCCACAUAACAAGAAACGGCAAGACAGUGGCCUCAGAAAAUCUCUCUGGGCUGAGGUAUUUCUCCCUGAAGGGAAAGCUGCUGGACACCUAUUUGGUGCAGCUGAGGUCUACAGAGGAAUCUAAUGCUUCUGUGAAGGUACUGGCAUCCCCCCAUUUCCACAAGCCCUUAUUCCCACUCCUUCCAGAGAGCUUAAAAAUCAAAUCCUUCAGUAAACUGAGAACGUGCAGGUCUGUGACCAUUGCCUGGCUGGGAACACAGGAGGAGAGCAAGUACUGUGUGUACAGAAAAAGGACUGAGGAGGAUCAGAUCUGGAGGGAGCUGCAGAGUGCAGACAGGUGCUCGGGGCCUGAAUCUCGGCCCAAAUCAGAGAAAGUGCUGUGCAAGUACUUCUAUGACAUAAACCUCCAGCGAGCCGUCACCACAGAGACCAUCAAAGGGCUGGAGGCAGGGACACUCUACUUGUUCGAUGUUUAUCUCUUUGGGCCAUCUGGCAUCCCUGUCAGAUAUCACAGCAAAGUUGUGAGGACCAGGAAAAAAUGUUGAAGGUUUUUGAAGGAAAGUUUUGAAGCGAGUGAAUGAAGAUGAUUAUCAAAAUCUACACAAGUCCAAGCCCCUGCAGCUGGAACUACACUGACAAACAAAAAAUUUAAAGCCAUGAGACUCUACAGCAAAACACAGCUUAGAUGUUACACAUCUUCUCUCCUGUGUAAGGUGGGGUGCUUGUUUUCUAUCCCUUUCUCAUUCAAACACUAAAAACAGAGCUGUGAAACAAACUCACACACAUGGAAAUAAACUAGCCCAAGAGUACCCAUGGGAAAUAGAUUGGUUACCCAAAAUGCUCCUAAAUACCAGCACAGAAGUGAUGGGGAAAGGCCUCCCAAGAAGCACACGUCAUUUUUCAAGUCCCAGAGAGUUUUCCACUUUCCGUAACUCAUGCAGCUAAUGAGGAACUGAGAGACCCCACAAGUCAGACUGCUCUUGAGAAACAGAUUCCUCACUGCUUGAACAAGAAGGGAGACAAAAGGAAAUUGAAAAAGCAGUGGAACUGAUGUAUAGCUCCUCACAUACAUUGAGUAAAGCAGUCUGAACUACAUCUUCCCCUAGUACCUGCAUGCUGGCUUGGUUUCAUUCCUACAGGGAAACUGUGCUUGGUUAGAAACAGACAACAUUCAGGAAGUGGCUCUGGAUCCCCCUUUUCUGGGGAGUGUACAAACACACUGCUGGGCUACUGCCCACAGAGGAAAGCAGCCACUGAGGAAUCUUGCCAUGGAAAGAUUUAUCACCUAUAGCCUCUGAUACUGAUCCCCUGUCUAUGACUCUGUGACUCCUGACUGUAAUAUAUUCAUUCUUUGCAUCCUUUAGCCAGCCUAUAUCAAUGAAUGCAUUGCUUUGAGAAAAAUUAAAUGUGGUUUUCCUACUAAAUGUCAUGGAGGGAAAAUAUUUGUA